CUGCUUUCUGCUCUUUGCUUCUAUAUAUGGUUAAGUUCCUUAACUUUUCGAGGUGAAAAGUGAAUUCAACCGUGAUACUUUAUCUCGCCAGAACGUAGAAAUUUAUAGAAGAAAAUAAUAGUGAAUUAAAAGUCGAGUUGAUUAAAUUCUCACUAUAUUAAAGAACAAAAUUUUGUGACAUUAAAUAAAUGGAGGCUGUACUUCAACAAAAAGUCAUAGAUGUUGCCAAUCAUGUUGAGCAGCAAUUGGAUGCAGAGUUGGAAAAAUUAGAUAAUUUGGAUAUCAGUGAUUAUGAGAAGAUACGUGCACACAGAUUAAAUGAAUUGAAGCAAAUGCAAAAACAAAAACAGAAUUGGCUAUCUUUGGGUCAUGGAGAAUAUACAGAGAUAUAUGAUGAGAAAGAAUUCUUUGAAAUAUCCAAAAAGUCAGAAAAUAUCGCCUGUUUAUUUUAUAAAGAUGAUUCUCAACGAUGUAAAAUUGUAGAUUAUCAUUUCAAGAUUCUUGCAAAAAGACACAUUGAAGCAAGAUUCUGUAAAUUAAAUGUAGAAAGAUGUCCAUUUUUGACUGGACGAUUACGGAUUAAAAUUAUACCUACAAUCACGCUAAUUGUAAAUGGUAAAACUAAGGAUUAUAUUGUAGGCUUUACUGAAUUAGGGAAUUGCGAUGAUUUUUCUACAGAAACGUUGCAGUGUCGUCUAGCACAAUCUGGUGUAAUCAAUUAUGAUGAUGAUUUACAUUUUUCAGAAACUGGCAAAAAGCCAUUUAUAUUUAAACCUUCAAAGCCUAAGACCAUUAAGGGACACAAUUCAGAUGAUUCUGAUGAUGAUUAAAACUGUAUUCAAAUAUGAAAAUUUAUACAUAAUUUUCACAAUUUACAUCAUGCAUUAAAUUUAAUUCUUAUGCUUUUCUUGUUUAAUAGUAAGCUGAACAUAUUUCAUAAUAAAAAAAAAUUAAUGUAUUCUGUAUUC